AGCCACCAGCUCCGGGAGCAGCCCAAGCACCGGCUCUCCCACUGACUCUCCACGCGCUCCAGAGGCAACCGUCUCAGCGCAUUCGAGGGAAUCCCUAGAGGUCCGGAGUGCUUACAAAGAGGCAUCUUCCUGCAACCCAGGAGCAUAACACAGCGUGAGGCGUUUCAGGGCCAUGGCUGAUCCUGGGAUCCACCGCCCCUUGAGCCUAACCUGCUCCCUGCUCAUUGUGGGAAUGUGCUGUGCACCUCCUUUCUUCUGUCACAGCCAGACAGACCUCCUGGCUCUUCACCAAGCUGAUCCUCAGUGCUGGGAAUCCUCCUCAGUGCUUCUCCUGGAAAUGCGAAAGCCUCGCAUUUCCAACACUGUUUCAGGCUUCUGGGAUUUUAUGAUCUACCUGAAGUCAUCUGAGAACUUGAAGCAUGGGGCUCUGUUUUGGGAUCUGGCCCAACUCUUCUGGGACAUCUAUGUGGACUGCGUGCUUUCAAGGAACCAUGGCUUAGGAAGGAGGCAGUUGACUGGAGAGGAAGAGAAAAUCCCAGCAGCACAGCCACAGCACACAGGGAGUAAACAAGGUACAUUUUCUCAGCUGCCAAGAACGCUUUUCCUAAAGAAGAAAGAAUUGAUUCAAGAUCUGAUAAACAUGCAUGCGCACAGAAGUGGGUCUAGAUUCAUUGGGAAAACAAAGCUGGAGAUAAAAAGAAAAUAAACCUGUUACUGAACCUUUACUUAUUUUAAAUGGUGACAAUUCCCAGAAAUGAAUAUUAAGCCAAAUUCUCUGAUAGCAUUCAUUUGAAGCUUCAUUCUUUAGGCUGCUAUCAUAUAAUUUCAAAUUGUGACUAAUCACCAGGGUAUCUCAUUGUCUAAAAGAGUUAAGUAUCUUCAAAGGUGACUUUGAUGAUACGUUUUGCGAUCUUGACACUGUCAACAAGCUAGAGCACCGUACAUUUAACUUGGAUUGUAAUACAACU